GACGGGAGUGGAUUGGGUCGUAGAGCGAGGGUCGCCUGAUAGAGACUCUUUGCUCUUUCUCAGCCCAUUCUCUACAUGAUCUCUUUUCCCUCCUGGCAGCAGACUUUUCUUGUUCAGACAAGGAGACCUCGCAAUGCUGACCCAACUUAUGGUCGGACAGCCACCCUCAUCGUCCCAGGUCUCUAUCUCGCCGACCUCUUCACCGCCAAGGACGAGGAGCAGCUCACAAAACUGGGCAUAACUCAUGUCAUAUCCGUCCUUGAGCACGCACCCACUUUUUCGUCUUCUCUCCCCAACCUGCGAAAACUACACAUCCCCAUCGCAGACACUUCAGAAACUGAUAUCCUAAAGCAUCUGGAAAUCACCACCGCAUUCAUCAACAAUGCCCUUGCGAACAGCAAGGACAAUAAAGUGCUCGUUCACUGUUUUCAGGGAAUCAGCAGAAGCGCCACUGUAGUCUGCGCCUAUUUGGUGGCUACCACCAGCAUGCAUCCCACUGAGGCGGUCGCAUUUGUAAAAGCGAAGCGCGGAAUUGUUUGUCCCAACAUUGGCUUCAGACGCCAGUUGGAGGUCUUUGGGAAACGUUAUGCUUCAGAGAAAGUACAGAUUAAAGCUCCACGGCGCUCUCGAAGUUUUGUGUUCAGCAGAAAUUUCUCUCUACGCACACGUCGUUCAAAGUCAGGUGACGGCGGAUUAACAGCCAUGGCAGAGUCCAGCACUGACAAGGGAACUUGAGAGGUUAUUUCACCGCUAUUUUGGAUUUAUUAUUAUGCUAGUUACCCGUACAUUAUUGCUUAAUACCUACAGAUACGUUCCACGGAUGUCAUAGUUUUACACAGCCCUCAUCAAUCUAACUAGCCCGCCAUUGAUUGGCUUUGAAGCAUAUUGGCAACAUCAACUUAUCAAUACAGUGUGCAAUACCGGGAAUACAUCGGUACAAAGAUAGCUGCACAUCAGCGAAUUGCACCCCUCAAAGAUCUGGGUUGAGGUCGAGAUCAAGGUCAUAUAUUUGGUCUUGGGGUCGAAGAUCCUGUCGAUAGGGAUUCGCAGCAUGUCCCAUUUGG